GCGUAUGGACUCAAUGCCAGCCUGGGCGGCACCUGCACUUUGGACUACUUCGCCUACAUGUUCCGUUUCUAUCAUGUGCAUUCAUCAGAGGUGGUUCCCGCCGGCACGAGUGCAGAGUCGCCGUUUGAAGAGCUGUGGGGUAAGCCUCUGAAGCUUGCAGUUCACGCUGCGGAUGCGGCAGACACGAUUUCACGGAAUGAUGCGCCUUCAAUCUUUUUCCCGGGUGAUGUACUUGCCCUUCGAGAAGCUCUUCUCAAGAAAGGUAUCCUGCAGAGGAAUGCCUGCAGCUACCACGAAUGGCCUCAUCGCUUCAUGGCUUGCCGCGAUGAAGCCUUCGUUCGGCACCGCGAUGGGCCCUGCCAGUCAGCAAACCAAUCUGGAUGUGGCGCGGAAGGGUUUCUAUGCUGCUGGUCACACCAUGGCCGUGCUGACCGCUUGGAGUACUACACCGGCGUGCCCUGGGACCUGCCGUGCGAUUGCGGGCUCACGUGUCCCGCUGCGCCAUCCCCUAACCCUGGGGUGCGUUGUUGCGGCAGUGGCGCUGGUGUGGCUCAGUGUACAUGGGCGGCUGAAGCCAAUCCUGUCCCUCCUGCGCCGAGCAACCCUGAGAAGGACCUUCCCUUUGCGUCUUCAUCAGUACUGGAGUCGUUUGCUGCCGGGAACAUGACUGUUGAGCAGGUCUUGCAGACUUGCUUGGCCCACCGCACCGUGUACUUCAUCGUUCGCGAGCCUUUGGAGGGGGUGCCCGAAGCAGACUGCAACGCCUUGGUCAGUGCCUUUGUGAUCGGCCACAAGCAGUGGAGCGCAGCAAGAAGCUGGUGGCGCUUCUCGUUGCAGCUUCGCCGUGCUGGUGCAACAGCGUCGGUCUCCCUGACAAGUGGGGAGCCUGACCAGAUGGUCCUCAACUUUGGCAAAGUCACGCACGACGAAGAUCAGCUGAGCCAUCUCACGAAGAGCGUUCCCCAGCUGAGCCAGCACAGGGAGAAAGCAGCUGCCUUGCGCCGCGAAUUGGGUCGAUAUCUCGCAGGCAGCCUGGAUCGAACUGCGCUGCUGCAGGCGGCCACGGAGGCAGCCGGCACGCUAAAUCGCGCCCUUCAUGUCCCAGAAGGCUUCCAGCUGAGCCCGGAACACACGGAGCAGUCGCCAGGACCAAGCAGACGCUGA